UUACCACACCCCUUCGUUUGCUAUUUUCACCUUUUCUCUUAAUAAUAAUAAUAAUUUUUUUUUUUUUUUUACUUGACGGAAAUUUCUAGGCUUUCUAAUUCAUGUUCAUGAUUUUUCGAUUUUGUUUUCUCAGUGAAUCCGAUAAAUUCUGAUUGUUCUGGAAUGUUCUUGAACCUAAGCUUCAAUUGCGUGCAAUUUAAGUCUUUUUUCUGUUGUUAUUCUUGGAUUUCGCAACGCAAGGUGUUUGAUUAAAUGCUCAAGAGAAGGGUUGAACUUGAACCCGAGGCUGUUGUUGUGGUCUUACCUAACUUUGUUCUCUUUGUGUGAUAGUGACCCUUUGGCAAAGAAGAGAGAAGAUGGCACCUCAAUUGGCAGCAACCAACUCUUCUCUUCUCCGUCUUCCCCCCUCUUCUCCUUCUCUCCCUUUCCCAAGGAAUAAAUAUUUGAUUUCUGAAAGAUGCACUAUAAUCAACAGGAAAAAGAAUCAUGCCAUCACAGCUUUUGCAGACAAUUCUAUCGGAAAAUCAGCUAUCCAACUCACUGCUGUUUCAUCUCCACUAUUUGCUGAUAAAGAAGAUCGCCUCUCACUCAAACUUCCCAUGUCUCGGAGAUUCAAUUCUAUGAUCCGUGGACAAGCAUUUAUAUAUCAUUCAUCUGGUUUUCGAAUCCCAGCAAAUGCUGAGAAGCCAGAAUGGUGGUGGAGAACUUUAUCCUGUGUUCCCUAUCUAAUAGCAUUGCAGAUAUCCGCCACCGGGUUUUAUCUAGAGCCUUUACUUGAAAAAUUUCCAUUCUUUCAUAAUUUGAUCUUUUAUAUCCCAGGAGCUGCCAACCGAUUACCAAACUGGUUCCCCAUGUUAUAUUGCUAUGUGGCUAUUGUGUGGGUGGUUAAAAACAGAGACCUUCCCCUUAUCUUCAGAUUCCAUGUAAUGAUGGGAAUGUUACUGGAACUCACUCUGCAGAUAGUGUGGGUUGCAAGCAAUUUCAUGCCACUUAUACACUUCAAGGGAACAUUGGGGAUGUAUUACUGGGCUGGUGUGGCGUUGGCAUAUAUUUAUGUAAUGAUGAGGUGCAUAAGGAGUGCGCUUCUGGGCACAUUUGUGAGCAUCCCUGUACUUAGUGAAUCAGCUUUCCUUCAUUCUCUAUUCGGUUUAGGAGGAUUUCAACCUCCAUUUUAGAAUGUGGAUCUAAAGAGCAUAUGUACUUUAUAGGUGGUUUUGCAGUUGAGUGAAGGAUUCUCCUAUUGUUUGUAAUUGACUUUUUGUUUUUACCUUAUAGAGAUACGUGAUAUCAAGAUUUUUUGAAAAUUUCAUAAUUCUCUCUUGUUUUUUUUUUUUUUUUUU